AGAAGCAGAGCGGGCGGGUUACGUCGACUGGGCAAUCUUCAGGGCAGAUUAAGAAGCACUAUACUUAUCGAAACUGAUAAGCCCGACGGCGGGAAGUGCAGUGGUUAUGCUGAGAAUGGCGUCGAGGGUCUUUGUGUACGGCACGCUGAAGCGCGGGGAGCCCAACCACCACUGGCUCACCAAAAAGGAGAACGGCCAGGCCCGGUUUCUGGGAAGGGGCAAGACGGCGGCCAAGUUUCCCCUGGUGGUGGGCACCCGCUACAACAUUCCUUUCCUGCUGGCCCGCCCGGGCGAGGGGAACCACAUAGAAGGCGAGAUUUACGAGGUGGACGUGGCCAUGUUUGGCAAAUUGGACCAGCUGGAAGACUACCCACAGUACUACGAUCGCGAGGAACAGGCCAUAUUGACGGAACAGAAUGAGAACAUCCAGUGUUGGGUAUAUCUCAUCCGCAACUUCCCGGAGAAGAUGCUGGCCAAGAAGCUGAUAGCCUCGUACCACAACACGCCGGAACAGCCGUACAGCGAGAACUACCUGAACAGCAGCCCAGAGGACUUGGCCACGGAUGAGUGAGACGCGGGACACGAGAGCUUAUAAAAAAGUAACGUUUAUAAACGGAUUUCAACGCAUGGCUAUUAUUCGUAUUCUAUUACAUUGAUUCCAUACUUCAAAAAUGCAGAACGAAAUGAA